AUAUCAUUUUUCUCACUCACUAACAUCAUCUCAAAAUGAGGACCCAAAGUGUAUAAGGGAGCUGGUAGAUGGGAACCUACAGUGGGUGUUCAACGGCGUUUAACUUCAGUGAUGAAUCCGACGAGCUUGACGAAGACAACUUAAACAGUCUAGAGGAAGAAGAAAUUCAAACACCUUUCAAAGGUGUCAAAGGCAUUCAUUAUUCUGACAAAUUGUGCAUCUUAAAGACGCUAGUUGAAGUGGGCAAGGUAAACAAUAAAACUCUAUCAAAUCAAGAGAGUGGGAAACAGAGAGAGGAGUGGGAAAGUGAGCAAGCAAAUGGGAAGCAUACUAGUUUCAGUACAGCUCUAGCUUCUGAGGUGCAGGUAGUCCAAGAAACGGCCCAAUCUAGAAGCCUAAAUGACAACAAAAAUGAAGCCCAUUCGGUGAAGGACAAAACAGAAAUGGACCUCCAGGAGAAUAGUGGGCUUCAAGGGACUAAAAAGCCUAACAAGAGCCCCUCUUUACCAGCAGAAGUCAGGAUAGAUUUAACAAAACUGGUAACUAGUACAAAACGUGGAAGAAGAAGAAAAGCAACGAUCCAGCCAGUUAACUUUGGUGGUCAAUUGCCGGUCGGUUUUUUAUCGAACAGUGACAUUAUAUACAACAACAAGAGAAUCAAAGAAGGCAUGAUUGCAGAGGAAGUGAAGGUGGAAUUACAAAAGAUGAUUAAGGAAGAGGAAGGCUUUUGGUGUAUAGUUGGAGAUUUCAACAGUGUGAGAUCAGAGGAGGCAAGAGGAGGAAGAUAUGAGCAUUCUCACUACAGGGAGGAUCUUAAUGACUUCAUUGCAAGUGCUACAUUGAAUGAUUUACCAUUAACAAGAAGGAAGUUCACUUGGACAAGAAAAUUGAUUCGCGACAUUUAUAAAAAUGGCUCAUGGAUGGAAGAACCCAACGAAGUGAAGCAAGAGGUGCGUGAAUAUUUCAAAAAUAUCUUUCAAGAAGAAAAGUGGGAUAGGCCAAAGCUUGAUGGAUUGCAGUUCAAACAACUAGACAACGAAGACAAAAUUUGGCUAAAGAGAGAUAUCUCAACGGAAGAGGUGCUGGCUAAUAGGAUUAAGAAAGUUCUUUCUAAGGUGAUUAGUGGGACACAAUUUGCAUUUUUGGGAGGAAGACAAAUCACUGAUGGAAUCUUGAUUUUAAACGAAGUGGUAGAGGAGAUCAAGAAGAAAAAGGUGAAUAGCUUCAUUUUUAAAGCAGAUUUUGAAAAAGCGUAUGAUUGUGUGAAUUGGAAUUUCUUAGAUGAAAUGAUGUGGAGGCUUGGAUUUGGUGAAAAAUGGAGAACAUGGAUAAAGGAGUGUCUGCAAACUACUUCUGUGUCAGUCCUUGUUAAUGGAAGUCCAACUAAUGAGUUCAAAAUGGAGAAGGGGAUAAGACAAGGUGAUCCGAUAGCUCCAUUCCUCUUCUUAAUUAUUGCGAAAAGCUUAAAUGUGUUGAUUGAAUCAGCCAUAAGCAAGGAACUAUUCCAGGGAGUUGACAUAGGCCUCUUUGGUCCUAACAUAUCCCACCUCCAAUUUGCCGAUGGCACUGUUAUUAUGGGGAAGGCAAACCCUGGAAAUAUUAAAGCUGUGAAGGGGAUUUUGAGAUGGUUUAAGCUGGUGUUGGGUUUGAAAAUCAACUUCAACAAAAGUGUGUUGUAUUCAUUCAACGUUUUUGAUGGGUGGGGGAGAAUGGCAACUGCUUCUCUCAAUUGUAAGUCAGGCUCCAUCCCUUUCACCUACCUUGGGAUGCCAGUUAGGGAUGCUAUGGGUAGAAGGAAAGCUUGGAUUCCAAUUAUUGAGAAUUUUAAUAAAAAGCUGGCAGUUUGGAAAGCGAAAUGCCUGUCGAUCGGUGGUCGAGUUACGCUGCUAAGCUCUGUACUUUCUACCCUCCCUAUCUACUUUAUGUUCAUUUUUAAAAUUCCUAAAAUUGUGCUCCAUGAACUUGUUUGCUUACAAAGAAAAUUUUUGUGGGGAUACACGGAGGAGAAAAGUAGGACUACUAAUGUUAUGGAUGUGGGACACUUUUCUAAUGGAUUCUGGACUUGGAGAAAUGCUUGGAGACGUAAACCUUUUGGCAAGGAAAGGAACGAAGAACAAAUGCUAAAGGAAAGCCUAAUGGGUGGGCUUGUGUUCUCUGCCCAACUGGACCAAAGAAGUUGGAAUUUUGAUGCUACAAAUGGUUACAAUGUUAGUAAGGCUUACUCAAUGCUGGCUAGAUGGGACCUUGAAGAUGAAAAUCACUUGUUUGUUCAAUGCCCCAAGAUACAGAGUCAAUGGAUGAGAUGCUACAAUUGGUGGGGGAUUUCCCUACCUUUUCCCAACUCCACUUCUCUUCUAUGUAAAGCUCACAGCGUAGGAAUCAAAAAGGUGGUAAAACCAGAUGUUUGGUUUCUCAUAUUCUUGGUGGUUACAUGUGCCAUAUGGUAUAUGAGGAACUCUAUUAUCCAUAAAGCACAACAAUGGGAUGAGAGUAGGACUUUUGAUCUAAUUCAAAGAAUGACCUUUGUAUGGAUAAGGGGGAAGUCUACUAACACUAUGUUUCCCUUCUUCUACUGGUGCAAUUCCCCUAGUUCAUGUGAUCAAGAAACUACUAGAAGUUAAUUUUGAUGCUCAUACUGCCAGUCCUUCCUGCUUUGAUUUGGCUUGGACUGCCUUUAUUGGUGUUACCUUGUAAUGUAUUUUUGAGACUAUGGGUGGAGUACCCCUGGUACUCUUUAUUAUCAUAAUGAAUAUUUUGAUUCAUC